AUGUCAGCCCUGCUCCCCUGCAUCCUGGCCCUGAGCUGCCUCGCCCACAUAGGCUGGGGGGCGUAUUUCUUUCAGCAGCCCAUGGACCAGGUGAUCGUGGCGGGGCAGUCGGUGACGCUGGCCUGCGUGGUUGUGGGCUACCAGGGCAUGGUGCAGUGGACCAAGGAUGGCCUGGCACUGGGCGGAGAGCGAGACCUGCCUGGCUGGUCCCGGUACUCCAUCGUCGGGGAUCCGGCGGCCGGGCAGCACAACCUGAGGAUCGAGUCCGCUGAGCUUGGCGACGACGCUGUGUACGAGUGCCAGGCUACGCAGGCGGCGCUGCGCUCCCAGCGUGCCCAGCUCACGGUGCUCCUACCGCCCAAUGACCCCGUGAUCCAGAAUGGCCCCAUCGUCCGGGUCCAGGCCAGCGUGCCCUACAACCUGACCUGCCAGGUGUCUGGUGCCAAGCCUGCCCCUGAGAUCAGCUGGUACCGCAAUGGGCAGCUGCAAGACUCUGCCCUCUAUGCCAAGGCCCUGAUGGAGGAUGGGAAGCGGGCGACGGCCAUCAGCACCCUGCUUCUCACGCCCAGCACCCAGGACAUGGGCAGCGCCUACACCUGCCGCGUCGCCAACCCGGCCGCACCUGCUGGCAAGCAGACCUCCAUCACCCUUGACGUGCUGUACCCCCCCACCGUGAUCCUCUCUGUCCAGCCACAGACUGUCCCGGAGGGGGGCAAGGUCAGCUUCCUCUGCACCGCCACUGCCAACCCCGAGGUGACCGGCUACCGGUGGGCGAAGGGCGGCGCGGUCAUUGCCGAGGCCAAUGGGGACAGCUACGAGGCCAGGGUGGAUCACUCCUUCUUCACCCAGCCUGUGUCCUGCGAGGUGGCCAACGCCGUGGGCAGCACCAAUGUCAGCACCCUGGUGGAUGUGCACUUCGGGCCGCGCCUGGUCUCCCAGCCCAAGCCCCUCACCGUGGAUGUCGGGGCCGACGCCUCUUUCACCUGCACCUGGGCUGGGAACCCGCCCCUCACCCUGGCCUGGACCAAGAAGGGAUCCGGCGUGGUGCUGAGCAAUGGCAACACCCUGCACCUAAAGGCCGUGACGCAGGAGGACGCUGGCACCUACGUGUGCAAGGCCAUCGUACCACGCAUCGGUGUGGCUGACAAGGAGGUGACGCUGGCGGUCAACGGGCCCCCCAUCAUCACCACUGAGUCCAGCCAGCAGACGGCACUGGGGGACAAGGCACGGUUGGAGUGUCUAGUGAGGAGCACGCCCCCCCCUGACCGCAUCGUGUGGGCGUGGGGCGAGCGGGUGCUGGACAGUGGCUCGGAGGAGCGAUUCACAGUGGACACGGCGCUGACGGAGCGGGGGGUGCUCUCGGCCCUGCUCAUCCAGCCCACGCGCCCAGAGGACUUCGCCCUGCCCUACAACUGCACGGCCUGGAACCGCUUUGGGGCCCGCUCGGCGGCCGUCACGCUGCGCCGGCAGGAGGUCCUGCCCAUCAUGAUAAUCGGGGCCUCGGCUGCGGCCGCCAUCACCCUGCUGCUGGUCUUGGUCGUUGGCGUGUCUGUCUGCUGCCUGCGCUGGUGCCACGGGAAAGCAGCCAAACAAGGCACCAAGCUCUCUAAGACGGAUGUCCUGGUGCAGAUCACCACGAGCGACAGCAGCCCCAGACGACCCAGCGAUACAGAGGAUGAUGUCAAGGAGCCCAUGGCCACGAGCAGCGAGUCCCCGGCCACGUCGCACACGGAGCACAGCGAGAUCCUGGAGGAGGAAGAGGGCAGCCAGGACAUUAAGGACCCCACCAAUGGUUACUACAAGGUCCGUGCUCACGAGGAGCCCCACCUGUCUGGCAGUUUCUCGGAGUACGCCCCGGCCCCGCGCCCCCUCUACGCCGGGUCCCACGCCGCCAUGUUCCCCCCCUCAGGGCAGCCCUACAGCCACCGCUAUACGCUAGGGGCACCCAGCUCCCGCCCAGCCUACGAGCCCCACUACCCACAGGAUGGGGUGUACGGGGGGGGCUACCUCACGGCCCCCUACACCCGGGCUUUCACCAGCUACAUCAAGCCCAGCGCUUACGAGAAGGCAGAGAACGGCUACGAACAGGCCAGCAAGGUGUCGGGCGGCUCCCGCUUCUCCUACACCUCCCUCUCGCAACAGUCGGACUACGGGCGGCCCUCCCAGCAGCGCAUGCAGACACAUGUGUGA